UUCCUUUUUGAAUUGGGUCAGUUGAAAGGUCACACAUCUCUCCUGUUAUGAUCGUUUGACAGCUGAUGCGUUCGCCUUCGAAGAGAGAGCUUCACAAUGUACGGAGGAAGAAUUUCUAACGAAAAGUAGACGGAUUUAAACAAAAUGGGAGGGUGUUGUACUGCUCAGCUGAAAUGCUGGUUUGGGCCAGCAUCUUGUGGGCUCUGUUGCCAGAAAUGUCCGCCUGUCACGGAGUCAACUGGAACCCGCAUCAUGUACUCAAUCUACCUAGUGACAGGAUUCAUCAUCGCCUGCCUCAUGCUCUCCCCACAGAUCCAGAACUUUGUCAUUGAUAAUAUACCACAGUUUAAUGAGACCUGUAUGGACCUAAGUCUGGGAGAGAACUGUAUGGUACUGAAUGGAUACAAGGCUGUGUACCGUCUAUGUAUGGGCAUGGUGGCCUUCAGCUUCAUACUUAUGAUCCUUACCUUGUGUACCCGAAGUAGUGACCAGUGGGCAGGCAACAUCCACAAUGGGUUCUGGCUGCUGAAGCUGAUACUGUUGGUUGGAUGCUGUGUCGGUUCAUUCUUUGUUCCAUACCAAUACAGUCAAUACUGGCUGUACGUAGGAAUGGUGGGCGGCUUUAUCUUCAUCCUGUUCCAACUAAUCCUUCUUGUUGACUUCACACAUUCCUGGAAUGCCAAGUGGCUGAAUGUGAAGGGAGGGAAAAGAAGUACAUGUGGUUAUGUUGGUACCCUGAUGUGUGCAACCAUCUUCUACAUGGUGACCGUGGUGGGCCUUUUUAUGUUGUACUUUAAUUACACAAGUCUCAAGGGCUGUGUGCACAACAAGGUUUUUAUCGGAGUCAACGCCGGCCUGUGUAUCAUCCUCUCCGUUCUCACCCUGCUCCCGGGCAUCACCAAGUUCAACCCUAACACAGGGACACUGCAGUCAUCUGUGAUCAGUCUAUAUGUGGUUUACCUCACCUGGUCAGCACUGUCCAGUGAACCGCCGGAGGAAAUCAACAUACUGGAGACGGUAAGAACCCUCAUCCUGGCAAGUAUGUCAGCAGGAGAUCGAGAUUCGACCAGCUUGCAGACGACAGCACAGCCCCAUCUGAGGAUGGAAUAUGUGGCUGACCCUAGUGAGAGUUUCCAUGUCAUGGCCAACACCACCAAGCACAUGUGUCGGCCCAAACCUACCUUCCAGGACAUGGACAUGAUAUCUGCCUAUGCUGGACUGUUUCUCAUGUUUGUCAUGGCCAUAUACUCUAGUCUUGCCACAUCCUCAGACUCUCACAAGUUGGGAGUGCCUCGGCAGGCAGACCAGGAUGUAAAGCACUAUGAAUGUUGUUGUUGCUGUCCUGUCAAGCCAAGAAAAAACCCAACAGAUCAUGGAGGUCAAAAGGUCAAAUAUAAUGAGGCAGGAGGCACUAAGUACAACUAUGCCUUCUUUCACUUUAUAUUCUGUCUGGCCAGUCUGUACAUCAUGAUGCAGCUCACCAACUGGUACAGACCAGCAGAAUCUAAUGUGGACAUGUUUGGCCUGAACUGGGCUGCUGUGUGGGUGAAGAUGACCUCCAGCUGGGUGUGUGUAGUGGUCUACAUAUGGUCUCUCUUCCUCCCAAAGCUUUGUCGGGGCCGCGACCUCACCUUCAUCCGACAACCUCAGCCUGACGAACAGCUGGACGAGAUUGACCAGGAGGAACUAGACAAUCUCAACGGACCAAUCAAUCCAGAAGCUGUGGUCACUUCGAGAGAAUCAGUUGUGUAGUGGUCAAGGUCUUGGCGUUGGUCAUUGCUUGCAUCACUAUCAUAGUCAAUGAAUGAAUCAAAUUCAUCAAUUCACUCCGAUACACUGAUUAACUACAUUUGUAGGAGUCGUAUAUUAACAUAUUAGAUCAUGGAGUGUUUUCAGUGUGUAAAAGAUAACCAUCAUCAAUUUCAUUAGAAGUAAGUUGGACAUAUCAACGGCAUAUACGAUAUGUACACUAGGCUGUCCUUAAGGUGUUUGAAGUGAUCCUAAGUCCAUUAUAUCAUCUUCAUUAAAACACGACAGAUACAGGAAAAUCCCCUUUCUGCAGUGUACAGUCGACUUCAGCUGAACCUUUUUCUGCAAAGAAAGCACUGUAGCUAAUGAUCAUUGAACAUUGUCAUUAAGGCCAUAUAUCUGGUAGAGAUCACCAUAGAUAGCCAUCACUGACCAGUGUCAUUAAGGCCAUAUAUCUGGUGUUGGUUUCCAUAGAUAGCCAUCACUGACCAGUGUCAUUAAGGCCAUAUAUCUGGUGUUGGUUUCCAUAGAUAGCCAUCACUGACCAGUGUCAUUAAGGCCAUAUAUCUGGUGUUGGUUUCCAUAGAUAGCCAUCACUGACCAGUGUCAUUAAGGCCAUAUAUCUGGUGUUGGUUUCCAUAGAUAGCCAUCACUGACCAGUGUCAUUAAGGCCAUAUAUCUGGUGGUGAUCGCCAUAGAUAAUAAAUAUUGAACAAGGUCUGUCAGUUAGAUGCAAGUUUAAGUAUUUGUUUAAAUUUCCAUCUUUUUGACUGCGUAUACGGUAGUAUGAAUGCAGUUGGCAACGAACAUAUUCUUUAUGGAGCGCACUACCGUAUACGCAGUCAAACUGAAGAUCAAUUCUUAUAUUUACAUAUUUUCGUACUAUGAUGGUACACUCAGAAUAAAGCUAACUCCAAUACAUUUGCUUUUAUAAUGGUACAAAGCCUCCGUAACGUGCGUAAAUCCAAACAAAUGAACAGCCUACAGCCUGCGAGCAGCGAUGGGUCUACAAGGAAUCUCACUGCGUAUACGGUAAUGUAUACACAGUCACGGUUUACACAGCUUCAAUGGGAGCGAAUGUAAAUAUGCAUUGAUGUGUCUGCCAUGUCUUACAAAGACAAAGUUAUUCCAUGACUUUUACAUGUUCAUCUAAUUGUCCUCCAUUUUCUGUUCCCAAACUAUUCCUCCAAAACAUUUGUAUUUGAAACACACAAUUAGAACAUAGUUGCAAAACUAUUUAGAUUUUGAAUUUGAUUAAACAAUCAUACUAUGAAUUUCAGGAUUACAGAAUAAUUUUGAUAUAACUAUUUUGUUAAUCUGUUUUUAAUUAUCAACUAAGGAAAGAGUGCUGCAUCAAGUGUCAUUUUACUGGUACAAAAUACAAGAUUGUAUCAA